AUCUUCUUCCUCAACCCUCCGGUCAAACAAAUGCCUUCUCAAAUCCCUUUGCUCCUCCUCUUCAUGAUCUCGCCGCUGCUACUGGCGGCGCCUCCACCAGUUUCAGCUCAGCUAUCACCGGAAUUCUACGAGACCAGCUGCCCCGACGCACUGUCCAUCAUCGGCGCCUCCGUGAGAGCCGCCGUGGCCGGCGAUCCUCGCGUCGCCGCUUCCCUGCUCCGGCUUCACUUCCACGACUGCUUCUCCGAUCGUGAACAGGGUUGUGAUGCGUCGGUGUUGCUGGACGACGUCGCCGGGAGUUUCACCGGCGAGAAGACAGCGUUCCCCAACCGCGAUUCGCUGAGGGGAUUUGAGGUCGUCGACGUCAUCAAAGCGAGUCUCGAGGUCGCCUGCCCGCUUGUCGUCUCCUGCGCCGACAUUCUCGCCGUCGCCGCCCGCGACGCCGUCGCAGCCUUAGGUGGCCCUUUGUGGACGGUUCAACUAGGGAGGAGAGACUCCACCUCAGCGAGCUUAAGCUCCACCAACUCCGAUCUCCCGAGUCCAUUUUCAGAUCUUAACACCCUCAUCUCUGCGUUUGCUAAGAAGGGGCUCAGUAUCAUUGACAUGAUUGCUCUUUCCGGCUCUCAUACAAUAGGCCAAGCGCGAUGCACCGUGUUCCGAACACGAAUCUAUAGCGACAACAAUGUAAACUCAUCUUUUGCUUCACUAUUGCGAUCAAAGUGCUCAAUAUUCGGCAAGGACAACGACUUAUCUCCGCUCGACAUGUCGACGCCAACGGUUUUUGACAAUGGCUACUACAAAAAUCUAUUGAGCAAGAGGGGGCUCCUCCACUCGGACCAACAACUCUACCUCAAUGAAUCAGGUUUAGUCAGCUCUCGAGUUAGUUUAUAUGCCAAAAAUUCUACCAAAUUCUUCAGGGAUUUCGCUAGCGCAAUGGUAAAGAUGGGCAACAUCGGUCCUCUCAUAGGCGAAAACGGUGAAAUAAGGACUAACUGCAGAAAGAUCAACUGACUUCACUCGAUAUGAAGAAACAAAAUUGGUAUUCGUAUAGUGAUUGUGUGUACAAAAACAUUGAAAAGGAGUUGUGUUUUUGGGUGUAUCAAGUAUUGUAUUUGUUGAACUAAAAGUAGUCUAUCAAACAUAUGAGACACUCAAUUUU